AUGCAUCUCCCUCGCGGAGCAAUCACCUCCCGACCGACAAAUUUUCGCGUUGGCGCAAUUCUCCUCUCCCGUAAAGACGGCGAUGUCUCUGGCAUCGACGACAGGAACCUCUCCACCGGUUACACAAUGGAAUUAGCAGGAAACACGCAUGCCGAACAAUGCUGCCUCUCGAACUACGCCGCCGUGCACAGAGUUCCCGACGAUGAAGUAUCCACCGUACUCCCCGUUGAAGCGGGCCGGAAACUCAUCAUGUAUGUGUCGAUGGAGCCAUGCGGGAAGCGACUUUCAGGGAACGCGCCGUGCGUGCAGCGCAUCACGAAGACGCGAGAGGGUGGUCGGGAGGGAAUCCAGAAGGUUUAUUUCGGAGUCAAAGAGCCUGGAACUUUUGUGGGAGAGUCGGAGGGGUGUAAGAUGUUGACUGCCGCGGGGAUUGAGUGGGAACAUGUGGCCGGGUUUGAGAGGGAAAUUCUGUCGGUUGCAUUUGCUGGACAUGAGAAUGCGGAGGCGAAGGUGAAGGCUGCGCUGGGUGAGCAGGGGACCAAUGUUGAUGAUAUUAGUGGAGAGGAGAGGAAGAAACAAGAAGAGGCUCCCAGGAAUCCGAAGAAGAGAAUGAUGGAGGGGGAAACGAUGCUCUAUUAA